AUGGAGUCAUUUGCAAAACCAGAAUCAAAAAUUAGUGAUAAAAAGAAAAGAAAACUACAAAACGAAGACUACAGUGAAUCCUCAUCAUCAGGAGUCCAGGUUGAAGAGUGUAAAACAGCACACCAGCUACACAAAGAAGACUUUCCAAAAAAAAGGUCAUCAUCUUUAAGGUCAUCUUCUUCAGUAGAUUGGUUUUCCACAUCAGAUGAAGAUGAUGAUACCACUGACAAAAGUUAUUCAGAAGGAGGAUUGACAGAUGGAAAAGAAGGAACUUUUCCUGCCAGUAAAUGGAAAUACAUAGAUCUAAAAAAUAUUAAUGUUUUUUACAAUGAAAAAUUUGACCCUCUCGGGGAUCUAAUGCAGAAUAUUAAAACUGACAUUUUGGAGACAUUUCCAGAUAUUCCAGAUUUUGAAAACUCUGUUAAAAAGUUUAGCAGAUUUACCAAGGAGAAUUUGUUGUUUUCUUGGGAUUUUGGUGAAAUUAAAGAAAGUAUCAAUGAUCCCCUUAUGUUUAAAACGCGUCUGGAAUACAAAAUUGUAAAAGCUAUAAAAUCUGACUUUGAAAGGGCAAAAGAAGUGGACAAAAAAAUGGAUCUCACUGAUUGGUUGGACAGGAAAUGGCUCCUAGGUGUAAAAAACUUCUUGUCAUCAACAGUGUCGGUUAUCAAAACCAUUUUGUUUCCAACUGAAGAGGAAGACUCUGUUACAGAAAGAAAAGAGUCUAUCAAAAAGAAAAGGAGAAAAUCUAAAUACAAGAAAAGAAAAAGUGCAGAAAGAAGUACUGAUAAAAGACAACCUUCUGAGAGUAUUUUCCAACAUCAUUGGGCAAUGUUUGGUGGGCUUUUCUUUCUGGAACAAAAAGGAGUGAUGAAAAAAACCCUUGUUAUUGGUGAUAAAGUAGUGAGUAGUACUCCAGAUUUAGCAUACCCAUUAACAUCAGUGCCACUCGAAGGACGAAACCUACAGAAUUGUACACUGCUGUUUGUUGUUGAGGUGAAAGGAAAACCAAUCAACAAUCUUUCAUCUGAAUGUCUGGAAGAUCAACUUGACUCUUAUGUUCUUGGGCAAGUUGGAUCUGAGCUUAUUGCAGAAGCAAAGAGCUCAGCAAUGUAUCCAAAUUCCCUGGGAAUAGUAUGUAUGGAAACCACAUUCAUUUUUGUCUAUCUGAAAAUGCCAGAAGAACAUCAGAAAACAGGUUUUCCACUCAAAACUAGGGGAAAAAUUCACUAUACGAGACCUUUUGAAAUGCUGAAAGCGGACGAUAGAGCAGAAGUCUGUGAAUUUUUGUAUUGGCUUGGUUGCAUCCAAAACCGACAUGGUAGAGAGCUAUUCUGAAAAAUGUAGGAUCAGGUGCACAUCUUAUGGAAGAAAGGAAAAAAGCCACCCAGAAUGUGAAAUUUUUUCAACACCUUGUAUUGGCUUUGGAAGUACUGAAGUGAUUAUAAUGUCUUAUGAUUCAGAGCAUGAUGUUUUGCUGGAGAGUUCAAGUGUUUCCCAUUUUAGGUCACCUGAGCCAUUCAGGUGACCGUUUGCAAUUGGUUUUCAUCCGUUGUCGUGUGAUGUGUGUUGUCCGUUUACAAAUUUUCAUUUUUAACUUCUUCUUUAAAACUACAAUGCCAAUUGUUAUCAUUUUUGGUUUGAAGCAUCUCUAGGGUUAGAGGAAUUGAAAUUGUACAAUUUUUGACUUUUCCACCCUCAGAGUUUUAUGAGGCAGUGCCAAUUUAAGAAAUAAAGUACGAGUUUUCGUGAAUGUUGCAGAAUAGCCUCAGAGGGUGAGAAAUGUUGUUUUGAAAUAUAAAAGCCGAGGCGUUAGCCCAGGCUUUUAUAUUUCAAACAACAUUUCGAGACCGAGGAGGUUAUCCUGCAACAUUCACGAUAACAAGAACUUUAUUUCUAAUCUACUAACAGCUCAGUAUUUCUACAGAUCGUUUCUCCUAUAGAGAGACGAUCUAGGUCAUUUUUGACGGCUGUUCCGUGUAACCCCAAUGGUUUUGUUAGUAAUGUUUACAUGUGUAUAGAUCAAAGGAAUCACAUGCAGACGACAGAAUUUUUCUUUGGAUUUUUAAUACUCUUAACUUAUUUAUAAAAUAUCUUUAAAUCAUGUUCCUUAUAUUUUAAGGGCAAUGUAAUACGAUUAUUCCUACUAUACGUAAUAUUUUUUAUGUAAAAACACACAGUGAAAAUGUGCUAGGGAGGUGCUAGGAACAGCCGCAUUGAUCUUUUAAAAAUAGAAAUUUGAGGCAAUACUCAUCGUUUUGACAGGAACUAACACGUGAAAUUGACAUAGUUUUAAAACUUUUUACGGUUGAAAGUUGUACUUUCAUGGUCAGUGCGAGACAAAUGGGUAUUUCUGAUUUGAGAAUUUACUGAUGACGUUCGUGGUAUAUUGGAGAACAAUGUCCGCGGCAUCUCUUUGAUCUCAGCAAUAACUGUAGUAGAAUAUACAAUAAAAGACCAAAUAUUAAAAAAACUCUCCACUCUGCUCUCACACAUUUGGUAAUCUGUUGCCAUUGUCAUGUGUUGUCUGUUAACUAUUUUACAUUUUUAACUUCAUCUUGAAAACAUUCAUUUCCUGACCAGUGCAUUGUUUGCUUGUAGCAAUAAACUGUGUGCAUAUUGCAUGCAUUAUAUAUGAAAAUGAAUAUUAUAAAAGAUUGACCAUUAAAGGCCUACAAGUUUUCAUUUGCCAAAAGUUUACAAUUUUUGGCUCCUGAAGUGGGGUUAUCAGCCACAGGAGUCUUGUAAGGGGUGUAGACUCCAAAAUGAAGCUUAAAAUGCAAACAUUGGAAUCAAUUUUAGGUCCAUCUAAGGGCUAUGGUACUCAGGUCAAGGCCUGUGGGGCUCUUUUUGAAAAUGCAUUUUCAUGUGAAUUUUCCUUGAGGCUAUUCCUAUGUGCUGGAUUAAAGAAAUUCAGUGGUUUAGUUGAAAAUGACAAAAAGCACAAAAGCAAUUUGUGCAUGCUGAAGAAAAAAUCCAAAUUUAUAAGGAUAAACUUUAAUUAGGAAAUGUCAGCAAUUCUCAGUUAAUUGAGCAAAGUCUUAGACUCCCUCCUCAUAAUUUUAAUGGUACUUAUUUUAUGCUACCAGAACUUAUUUUUACUAUUCAAUUGGUUCAAAAUGGUAGAACCUACUUCAGAUUGCUCGGAAAUAAAUAUAAAAAGAUCAGAUUCAUCAAAUUAAUAAGCAAAUCAUGAUAAUGUAGAUAUUUGGGGAAGUUAAUCAUUUGAUUUUAAAUGAAGAUAUCCACCAUAUUAUUCUGAAAGUCAAAAGUUAUGUAUUCUGCAUUAAUACAAAUGGUUGACCCUAAACAAUAUAUUUUCUUGUUUUACAUUUCAAGACAAGGUCAAUGGCUUAAGGGGCCAUAUCAGAAACUUCAGAGAUCCUUAAACCAUAUUUUUUUUUGUUUAAUUUAAAAAUUAAUGUAUAUCAACAGUUUGUUUUAUGAAGGGCUUUUGGGUCAUGCCUCAUCCUAUACUUUUAUGGAGUAACGGUUUAGUACAUUUUGAAAACUGUUUAAAGGUUUAGUACAUUUUGAUAUUUGUUGACAUUUCCCUUUUUUAACUUAAAGCAUAUGUUUUCUUGUUAUUUGUACUAAUAGAUAGUUAAGGAUCCCAAAUAUUAUGAUCCUUACCAUGACAUAUAUUAUUUGAAUGCAUAAGUGACAAGUUAAUUUUGACUCUUACUUUUCAAUAUUGAAACAUUGUAAAUAUUUUGUUCAGAUGAUAAAUGUCUUGUGACUGAUAGGGCUUUUGGUUGAUUUUUAGAAAGAUGUUCAAAUGCAACUUUAUAUACCAUUAAUGUGUCUGCUCAAACUUUUUUAAAACUGUGCAAUAUUUAUCUGUAAUUACCUUCAUUUACUAUGAUGUGAUUAUUUUCUCUAAAAUCAAUUUAGAAAAAUAAAAUGCAUGAUUCAUUUAUUUACAUUCUAUUUGUAUUUUCUAAUGAUCAAACAUGUUGAAAGAUUUUUAACAUAAGAAUUGAAUUGUACAUAUCAAUUUAAUGAAUUAAUUACUCAUGUAUAUGUAUUCUAAUAAAAUAAUU